UGCUUUUAUAAGAAGAAGAAGAAGAGUGCAGUGCAGUUCCAUACUUACAAUCCCAAUUCUCAAUCUCAUCUCAUCAAACUUACAAACAACCGCUCUUAUUUCUCAUCUUUUACUUAUUGCAUGUCGCAAAUCUCAAGAUCGCCGGCGGCGGCGGCGAUUAUAUCCCGGAGAAAAAAACCACCGCAUCCAUCACCGUCACCUCGUAGGAACAAAAAUAAUAAGUCAAAAUCAGUCAAGAUCUUGAAGCGUUGUUCUUCGGCGCCACUGCUAAUUUCGCCAAGAGAUAAUGAAGAUGAUCUUCAUCUCGUUGCUCAAUAUUCUUUCAUGAACAGAGAACAAGGAGAUGGAACACUUUUCCGACCUCAAACGUUUUCACAUGCUUUUGUUUCUUCACCUUCUCUGUUUCCAACUUCUCCAAAGAUUUACUCUAAUGAGAUGAAGGGGUACGACAAGGAAGCUAAGGUGGUUGUUAAUGUUACGGUUGAAGGAAGUACAGGACCUGUCCGAACUAUGGUUAAAUUGGGGUCCACAGUUGAUGAUACAAUAAGACAUGUUCUUCAUAAAUAUAGGGAAGAAGGAAGGAGUCCUAAGAUCGAUGAUUCUAAUGUCCCAUCUUCAUUUCAAUUGUAUCUUUCUUAUUUCAGUCUCCAAGGUUUGGAUAAAUCAGAAGUAAUUGGGGAUGUAAAUAGUAGAAGUUUUUAUCUGAGGAAGAGUAAUGGUGAAUCUACAAGCAAUGAUUUAGCAAAACAUAGCUCUGCAAAUCCUCCUCCAAUGUUACUCCCUUCUUUUAUUGUCCGGAAAAUUAACAAAAUUGUAAGAAGAGCUCAGAGGCUUUGGAAUAUUCUGGUGUGCUCGCCAUGACAGUGGAUCAAGUACCCCAUAACAUUAUGGGCUACUUCACACCUAUGAUAUAGAUAGAAAUGCAACCAUUUUUUAUCUGUUGCCUUUCAAAUUUCAAUUCAUCUCCCCAUCUUUUCUAAUUGAUUUAUAAUUUUUUAUUUCUUCAAAAUGUAAAAUCAGUAUGAGGGCAUUUGGGAACAAUUUCCCUUCAAUAGUAAUUAGAUUGUUGGCAAAAAGAAUAUGUAGCAAUGAUAUUUGUAAUUUUGUAUAUAGUGGUUUUUUUGGGUA